GGAGGUAUCUGCUUCAGUCAUGCUGCUGCUUGGCUACAACGCCAACUGGCCAGACAAAAACAUUGUCCUUUCAUACUGAAAUUUUGUAAAAUUCGAAUAUGAACAUCAACUCUUAUUCUCCGCUAGAUUUGUCCUCGACUGAAGAAGUAGUUGAAACGCUACAACGCCACACCCGUCCGUUGGGCAACGGGGCUGUUGGGGUUGAUUUCAGAUUGUUGUCGGUACCAAACUUGAAAAAUUCAGAAGUUUACAAGAUGCUUUCCGAGGAAGAGCCGCAACUACGUUACAUGCACCGGCAACAGAUUUCAGCGGUUACUUCGGAAUUUUCAGAAAGGAAACGUGUCGCUUGGCCACCGCCAGCCAACCCAAUCGAAACGAUGGAAACACGCAAGUACGGAUACGACGACGGAACGAUUGGAAUUCCGAUCCAGCAGCAGCAGCCCAACCCUUACACAAUUUUCCAGCCGCAAAAUCAAGAAGCCUACAUUUCUCCACCGACGAAACAACAGCCAAAUUUAUUCUUUCCUCCAAAACAACAAGACUACGAUUUAAUCCCCCAGAAGCUGUACGAGCUGUAUCAAAAUCGACCGGAAGACUUGCCGCUAAAUCAGCCAGUCACAAAGCAGCAAAGUCCUAAAGUUCCGCCACCGCCUCCGCCGCGAGUUCAUCGAAAACCGAUUCUUCGUUCCUAUUCGGACGCCCAGGAUCCAUUUGUCACGUCGGGCGGAAGUGAAUUCGAACGGUAUUCUGACACCCCUCAUCAGCAGCACAGCGCUACUCAACCUGAACGGGAGCCAAGCCACGAAGAAAAAUCAAUCAGAAUGUCAUCACGCAGAAUGCCAGAACCUUUCGCCUCCAACGAAUUGGUCGGAGAAAGAAUGUUGAUUGCCAAGCCAGCUCCGCCAUCGGGACUCUUGCUUCGGCCGGCCGCAGUAAAGAAAUCGGCCGGUUCUUUCCUCAAAGAAGCUCCUACCGUCAGAACAGAGUCUUUCUUCAGGCGGGGCACUACUCCCGUUCGCAUGUUGGGAGAUAUGGUGUGGCCUCCUAAAGGCUUAACCAGCACUACAGACGUGCAACAGUUACCUACGCGAUCCCCUGGCGCAGUCCGCCGUCAACCAAAGAAUUACCGGGACUUUUUCUCGCAAAACCAGUUGCCCGCCAACUUUCCAACUUACCGUGCGCCACCCGGAACACAACAUUUUGGAUUAGAGGAAGGAGAGAAUGCAACACCUAUGUAAAUUAACUGGGGGGAAAAACCAAAGAAUUAUUUUAAUCAUUAUCUAACACUUUGCCGUCCUAUCCAGUUAAAACAUUCUUCUUGACGAAAAUGGAAGAAAAAGGGGAUGCGUUUUUU